AUGGAGUCAAAUUUGACGUCAAGUUUUCUUAAAAUUGGUGAUACAGUAGCUUUAUAUGCCGAAGGGACUGUUUGUGGAUUUAUUAGUACUCUUGGUCUUGUUGACGACCGAUGUGUCGUACAACCUGAUGCCGGUGAUUUACAAAAACCACCAAAAAAAUUUCGAGAUUGUCUUUUUCGUAUUUGUCCAAGUCAUCGAUAUAGCGCUCAAACUCAAUAUUGGAAUGCAUUAAAAAGUUCAAAUAGUGUUAGAGAUUUAAAAAAAUUACAACUUGCUGCUGAUACAGAAAAACGUCAAAAUGAAGAAGAAAGUCGAAAACAAACUGGUACUAUAAUAAAAUAUGGCGAUACUAUUGUACAGUUACUACAUAUAAAAAGUAAUAAAUAUUUAACCGUGAAUAAACGUCUACCAGCAUUUUUGGAAAAAAAUGCUAUGCGUGUUUCCCUCGAUAAUAGUGGUACUGAAGGUUCAUGGUUUCAAAUUGAACCUUAUUAUAAAUUACGAGCAAAAGGCGAACGCGUUGUAGUCGGUGAUAAAGUCGUACUUAUGCCAUAUAGUGGUGGACAACCAUUACAUGUCAGUGAAUUAGAACUACCAGAUCAUCCUGGUUCCAAAGAAGUUAAUUCUCAUCUUCAAACGAGUUGGAAAAUUGUUUUAUUUAUGUCAUGCCGUGAAGCAACAAAUGAAGUACUUAAAAGUGGCGAUAUUGUUCGUUUAUUUCAUGCUGAACAAGAAAAAUUUUUAACAUGUGAUAAUUAUCGAAAAAAAAGUGUUGUUUUUUUACGUGCUACUGGUCGUGUAUCAGCAACAGCAGCAACAUCAUCAAAUGCAUUAUGGGAAAUAGAAGUUGUACAACAAGAUCCAUGUCGUGGUGGUAUUGGCCAAUGGAGUUCAUUGUUUCGUUUUAAACAUUUAGCUACAGGACAAUAUCUUGCAGCUGAAGUUGAUAAUGAUCAAACGUUUGAUGCAACACGACAAAAAUUACGUGGUCCACCAGGUACACCGGUUUUUGCUCUUGUACCUAUUCCACAUGGUUAUGAUAUAUCAUCGAUAUUUGAACUUGAUCCAACAACAAUAACACGUAAUGAAGAAGCUGUACCAUGGGGUUCAUAUGUACGUUUACAACACAUAUGUACAAGUACAUGGGUACAUUCAACAAAUAUAAAAUUAGAUCCCGAUGAUGAUAAUGUACGUUUUAAAAUUGGUUGUGCAUUAACAAAAGAAGAUCGUGAAGCAUUUCAAAUAGUACAUGUUUCACCAGAUGAAGUACGAGAUUUAGAUUUUGCUAAUGAUGCUGCACAACAUUUUGAUAUGACGGUAUCAAAAUGGGAAAAAAUUGGAGUUAUGAAUGUACAUGCUAAUGAUAGAAAGCAAGUCAUAAUGCUCUUAACUGAUAUUGUAUAUUUUCUUGCUUGCCAAGAAAAUAAUGGUACUGAUCCAUUUGAUAUACAAAUCAUAAAACCAAAUCGUGAAAGACAAAAACUAAUACGUGAACAGAAUAUCCUAAAACAAUUAUUUCGUAUUCUUCGAGUAUUAAAACCACGCUUAGAGCAAGAACGUUCAAGUGUAAAUUCAGCAAAUACUUCAGGAACACGUUCAGAUUAUUAUUUUCAUCAAUAUCAAAGUUCAGCUAUAACAAAUAAUGAUUCAUCUAUGUUACCACAACAACAAGAUGCUGAUGUACGUUAUUCAACAACAUUUUAUCAAAUAAAAACAAUAUGUCGUCUUUGUUAUCGUACACUUAAACAUUGUCAACAAGAUUAUCGAAAAAAUCAAGAAACAAUUGCAAAAGAAUUUUCUUUUAUGCAAUCUCAAAUUGGUUAUGAUAUUCUAGCUGAAGAUACAAUAACAGCUUUAUUGCAUAAUAAUAAAAAAUUAUUAGAAAAACAUAUUACUGAAAAAGAAAUCGAUACAUUUGUUAAAUUAUUAAGAGAAAAACGAGAUUGCAAAUUUUUGGAGUAUUUAUCAGAUUUAUGUGUAUCAAGUAAUCAAGCUAUAGCUAGAACACAAGAAAUGAUAUGUAAAUCUGUAUUAGAAAAAAAUUCCGAUAUUUUAAUACGAACAAAACUUGAAACAAAAGGAUGUGUUGAAGAUAUGAUAUUAGAUGAUAAUAUGAGUCCACCAAUGGGUUUUUCAAGUCAAAAUAUUUUACGUGAGGUAAUAUUAACAUGGGAUGGAAAAUCUGAAUCAAUUGAAUUUAUGGCCGGUGUUGUACGAGAUCAACCAGCACAUCCAAGACGAGAAGAAUUUCGAAAUAUUUUAGAAUAUUAUAGAUAUCAACUCAAUUUAUUUUCUCAUAUGUGUUUUGAUCGACAAUAUUUAGCUAUUGAUAAUUUAUCAUUAGAAUUAUCCAUUGAACUUAUAUUAACAUGUACAAAAAGUGAAAAUCUUCCAGCUGAUUUACGUGCAGCAUUUUGUCGUUUAAUGGUUCAUAUGCAUGUUAAUCGUGAUCCACAAGAAGAAGUAACACGCAUUAAAUAUGCACGAUUAUGGAAUCAAGUUAAAUCAGCUAUUUCAUUAAAUGAGUAUGAUCAAACAAUAAGUGGUUCGCUUGAACCAACAGAAAAAAAUGAAAAUCGACCAAAAUUCGAAGCAACUAUGAAAUUUGUUGAAGACUAUCUUAAAACUGUUGUUGAACAACCAAAUUCAUUUUCUGAUAGAGAACAAAAUAAAUUAACACAUGAAGUUGUCAAUUUAGCUCGUCGUUUAAUAUUUUUUGGUUUUUAUAGUUUUGAAGAUUUACUUAAAUUAACUCAAACAUUACUUGGAAUUCUUGAUACUAGUAAAGUUUUAUCAUCACAUAUUCGUCAGUCAAAUCCUGAACAAGUUACAACUAUCGUAGCGAGUUCGAAAGCAUCAAAAUAUGAUCAUAUGCUCUCGACAACUAGUUCAUACAGUGCUAAUGAUGUUGUAGUUGAACAACAAACCGAUAUACUUGAUAAUUUAGCUUAUGAAACUAAAAUGAAUGUUAUCGCUAUCCUUGAAUUUAUUCUUGAUAUUCGUCUUGAUUUUCGUAUUUCGCGUCUUAUUUCCAUAUUUAAACAAAAAUACGAUCGUCUUGAACUAUCAAUCAACUCGAUUGGUACAGAUUUACAAGCCUCAGAUAUCGAAUGUAUAUUUGAUUCUAAUUUAACAUCAAUAACUGAACCAAAUCUUGAUUUGGAUGAUACAAAAGGAAAAACAUUUCUUAAAGUAUUACUUAAUUUAAUCAUGCAUGAUUAUCAACCGUUGGUAUCACGGGCAUUAUCAUUAUUAUUUCGUCAUUUUAAUCAACGUAAAGAAACAUUGCAACAUUUAAAUCAAGUACAAUUACUUGUUAGUGAAACCGAUAUUAAAAAUUAUAAACAAAUUAAAUUAGAUCUUGAUCAAUUACGACUAUUUGUUGAAAAAUCUGAAUUGUGGGUUUAUAAAAAAGGAAAAGAUGGCAUAUUAGCAGCAUCUAUGGGAAAUGAAACUAAUAUUGAUCAUGACGAUAGAAAAGAUGAUGAAUUUGAAAUUAAGAGAUUAGCUACAUCAUCCGGUUUGAACGAAGCCGAAUUCGAUAUGACUGGCCCAAGUAUAAGUGAAGAAUCAGCAUAUCGAUAUACAUCAAUUUUCCAGAUUCUUCGUCGUAUGAUGAAAUUAUGUGUUGUUGAGGGUGUCGAUGGAAAUUUAUAUGCUCGAGAAAAUGAACAACGUUUAUUGAGAAAUAUGGAUGUACAUGUUGUUGUACUUGAAUUAUUAAGAAUUCCAUAUGAUAAAGCUGAAGAUACUCGAAUGAAUCAUAUUAUGAAAUUAGCACAUAAUCUUUUGCAAUAUUUUUGUUAUAAUAAUCCAACAAAUCAAGCUAAAUUAUAUGAAUUAUAUUUUAAUGAUUAUCAGCAAAUAUCUGAAGAACAAGAAGUUGAAACAUGUUGUUAUAUUUUUAUGAAUAAUGUUCAAUUAUGUAAAACUAUAACUGAAAAACAUGUUCAACAUUUUGUUCAUUUAAUUGAAUUACAUGGUAGAAAAGUAUUAUAUAUAAAAUUUUUACAAACAAUUGUUAAAGCUGAAAAUCAAUAUAUUAAAAAUUGUCAAGAUAUUGUUAUGUCAGAAUUGGUUAGUUCUGAUGAAGUAUUAAUGUUUUAUGAAAAAGGAAAUUUAUCCGAUCUUGUUGAACGUAUGCAAUCAGAACAUGAACGUUCAGAUCCAAAUUCCUUAUUAAAUUAUCAUGUACAACUUGUUCAUUUAUUAGCAAUGUGUACUGAAGGAAAAAAUGCAUCAACAGAAAUAAAAUGUCAUUCAUUAAUUGGUUUAGAUGAUAUUGUUUUGAUUGUUACACAUCCAGAUUGUACACCUGAAGUUAAAACUGCAUAUAUUACAUUUUUAACUCAUUGUUAUAUUGAUACAGAAGUUGAAAUGAAGGAAAUUUAUAAUAGUCAACAUAUUUAUACUUUAAUUGAAAAUUCAUUUUGUCCAGAUAUUGAAAAACUCAUAACCAAAGUAGCUGAACGUCGUAAUUUAGAAAAAUAUAUAUUAGAUACUGUAACUGAUUUAAUCAAUCAAUUUUUCAAUUCACCUUUUUUUGAACAAUCAUCAGCACCACAGCAUCGUAACGCCACACUUGUAACAUUGUAUAGUCAUCUAGCUCGAUUAAUAAGUGUACCGUGGUUAACAACAUCACAACGUGAACGUGUUGAUAGAUGUAUUCAUAUUUUAUCAUUAAUUGCUGAUCGUCGUGGUCUUAGCCAUAUUUUACGUUCAAAUAGUACAUCAAGUGAAAUAUCAACUCGUUCACGACGUACAAGUCGUAGUGCAACAUCUGAACGAAUGUAUAGUAUUGACUCUGCAUAUAGUGCAGCGCAAAGACACGAUCAUUUAGAAGAUGUAGAACAUAAACGUGUUAUUGAUAAUUUUGUGGAUUUUCUUUCUCAAGUUGGUCUUAGAGUGAAUCCACUUAUUCAAGCUGAAGUUAGCGUACUAGUGGAUGUUAUUCGAGCACCACAUGCACUUUUUCCUGAAACACAUGAAUCUCGUUUAAAAUUUCUCGGUGGAACAUUCGUACACAAACUAAUAAAUCAUACAACAAUGAUGUUAAUAAAGUAUCAUGAAAAACAAUUGAGUUUUCAUGUACUCAAUCUUUUAACCGAUUAUGCUCGUACAAUGCAGCAUAAAGAGAUUCUUCAUUGGGAAUCUAAUCAUGAGGGACAAAACUUAAGAUUGAAACUACUUCGAAGAUAUUUUUCUGAUGAUAAACAAUAUUUAAAAUCACUUCAUCAACCAUUAAAAGAAGAAGAUGCUCUUGAAAGAUUACGAAACACACAAAAUGAAUUAAAUAUUCAAGGAGCUAGUGAUCUUGUUGUAGAAUUAUUUAUGAGUGAAUCACCAAUAAAUAUACUUGAAGAAAGUGUUAAUUUAGCUAUAGCAUUAUUAGAAGGUGGAAAUACAGAAGUUCAGACAAGUAUUUUUCGUCAUUUACAUGGAUGUGAAACAGCAUCGGAAAAAUUUUUUCAAGUUUUUUAUGAUAAAAUGUGUAUUGCUCAAAAAACAUUAAAAAGUAUGCCAUCAACAACACCUGAUAUAGAACAACCUUAUGAUGAGUUUGAUGAUAUUACAUUUACACCAAGACUUGGUGGAGCAUCACCUAUAUUAAGUCCAUCAACUGUUGAUCGAUUAGCAUCAAUUUUACCUGUUACAGAUAAUAAGUUUAGUUUUGAUCAACAAUCCAGUAUUGUUCUAACUGCUAAUUCAUCGGAACAAGAUAUUGUUUCAAUUUCUCAAUCACAAGAACAACCACACGCAUUAGUUGUUACAUCAACUACUUAUCAGGAACCACUUCUAUCAGAACAUACAAAAACAUCAGCAGCAUCAUCAUUUGAUAUAUUUGAUUGCCCCACUCAAAAUCGUCGUUAUAAACUUCCAUUUGAAAUUCGUAUAAUGCAACCAAUAUUACGUUUUCUACAAUUACUCUGUGAAAAUCAUAAUCCUGAAUUUCAGAAUUAUCUUCGAUUACAAAAUCUUAAUAAAACAAAUUAUAAUCUUGUUUGUGAAACAUUAAAAUUUCUUGAUGCUAUUUGUGGUUCACAAACUGGUCUACUCGGUUUAUUAGGAAAUUAUAUCAAUGAAGACAAUGUUGAAUUAAUCAAUCAAGCAUUGAAUACAUUAACUGAAUAUUGUCAAGGACCAUGUCGAGAUAAUCAAGAUGCUAUUGUUAAUCAUGAAUCCAAUGGUAUUGAUAUAAUCAUUGCUAUUGUUUUAAAUGAUAUAACACCAUUAAACCAAAAAAAUUAUGAUCUUGUACUUGAAUUAAAAGAUAAUGCAUCAAAAUUACUUUUAGCUGUUAUGGAAAGUCGAGAUGAUAGUACAAAUGCAGAACGUAUUCUUCGAAAUAUUGUACCUGUUUCACAAUUACUUGAUGUUGGUUGUGAAAUUUAUGUUCGUGGUAAACAACAAGAAAUGGUAGAAAAAAGUACGCAAGAAACUGAGAAUGAGGAACUAUUACACGAUGAAGAAGGGAAUGAAAGUUCCGAUAAUGUUGCUCAAACUGUUGGUCAUAAUAUAUAUAUUCUUGCAUAUCAGCUUGCUCGUCAUAAUCGUGAACUUGAAGUUUUAAUGAAACAUCGAACAUUAAAUGAUGAAGCAUUAUCAUAUUAUCAUAAACAUACGGCUGAAAUUGAAAUUAUUCGACAUGAUCGAUCUAUUGAACCAAUUGUUUUUCCUGUUCCACAAUUAUGUGAAUUUUUAACGGUUGAAAAAAAACAAAAAGUCUUUCUAACAUGUGAACAAGAUGAACAAGGUUCAAAAGUAAAAGAUUUUUUUGAAAAAUUUCCUGAAAUAUUCGAAGAAAUGAAAUGGCAAAGAAAAUUACGUCAUCAACCAACAUUAUAUUGGUUUUCAUCACAUAUGUCUUUAUGGAGUGAUAUAUCAUUUAAUUUUGCUGUUUUAAUUAAUAUUCUUGUUGCUGUGUUUUAUCCAUUUAAUAAAGGUCUUAAAGAUCUUGAUCCACGUGCAUCAGCAGCUAUAUGGAGUGCAUUAUUUAUUACAUUAAUUGCCAUUUUAAUCAAGCCAAAUGUAACAUCUAUGCGAAUGUUUUUUGUUGCUGGAAUUUUACGUUCGAUUUAUUCAGUGGGUCUUGGACCAACUUUAUGGUUAAUGGGUGCAAUACAAGUUUUAAAUAAAGGUGUAUUUCUAGUUAGUUUUAUGGGUAAUAAUGGAACAUUUUCAAAAUCAAGAUAUGAAAACUUAACGAAUUUUGAACUUGUUUAUCAUGUCGGAUAUUUACUGCUUUGUGUGUUUGGUCUUUGUCUUCAUGAAUUCUUCUAUAGUUUAUUAUUACUUGAUGUUGUCUAUCGUGAAGAUACGCUAUGGAAUGUAAUUCAAUGUGUUGUACGCAAUGCUAAAUCAGUUAUAUUAACAGCCGUAUUUGCUGUUAUAAUUAUAUAUUUAUUUGCUAUAUGUGGUUAUUUAUUUAUCCAAGAUGAUUUUCUUAUGCCAGUCAAUACGAAACCACUUGCAAUAGAUCAUCAAAAUGAUACAAAUUUACUUGAUAUGAUUUUUCGAGAUGCAACUUUACUUCAAGUAACACAAUCAGUAACACGAAAUGGAAAAUCUAUUAUGUUAACAAUGAUGCUUGCACUAGUACUUAUUUAUCUUUUUUCUGUUAUGGGUUUUGUUUUUUUUCGUGAUGAUUUUUUAACAAAUAUUCAAACAAGAUUACAUUCAUCAUAUUCUCAUCAUCGAUAUCGACGUUCAAAUACUAAUAUGAAAACAAUGACAUUGACGCCUACAACCAUUCCAAGUAUUAUUAAUAAUGAAUUUUGUACCAAAGAUAAUUGUACCAAUGAUACACCAGUCAGUCAUAUUCAUCAUGCCACUCAAUCAUCACCUAUAUUACCAGAAGAAGCAGUAGAUGAAGAAGUUGAACGGUCUUGUGACACGUUAUUUAUGUGUAUUGUAACAACACUUAAUAAAGGUUUAAGAAAUGGUGGUGGUAUUGGAGAUGUUUUAAGGCAGCCGUCUAAUCAGGAACCAUUGUACUUCUUCCGUGUUAUUUAUGACAUGAUGUUCUUCUUCAUUGUUAUAAUUAUAACUCUAAAUUUAAUUUUUGGUGUUAUUAUUGAUAAUUUUGCUGAUUUACGUACAGAAAAACAACGAAAUGAUGAAAUUCUUCGUAAUACGUGUUUUAUAUGUGGACUUGAUCGUAAAUCAUUUGAUAAUAAACAUGUUACAUUUGAAGAUCAUAUUCGUAAAGUUCAUAAUAUGUGGAAUUAUGUUUAUUUUAUGGUAUUAAUUAAUGUUAAAGAUCCAACAGAAUAUACUGGACCAGAAAGUUAUGUGCAUGAAAUGAUUGAACAACGAAAUCUUGAUUGGUUUCCACGAAUGCGUACAAGCAGUUUAGAUAUUCAAGAAGAUAAAAAUAAAGAAGAUCAAGAUAGUCGAAUAUUAAAAAUUCAAAUGGAAGAUGCUAAUAAAGCUAUAAAAACAUUAACUAUGGAAUUAGCUGAAUUACAAAAAUUAGUUACAGAAUCUCGAGCACAAAAGCAUCGAAUGAAUUUUCUUCAAAAUCCAUCACUACCAACACCAAUAAAUUCAUAA